AUGGCAACGCAAUCUGCAUUGAUGGCUCCACUAGUAUUCAAUGGAGAACAUUACCACAUCUGGGUAGUAAAGAUGAUAGCCUUUCUUCAUGGACAGGGAUUGUGGCAGUAUGUGGAAGAAAGCCGGCAGCCACCUCCUCUUAGACAGAAUCCCAUGUUGAACCAAAUGAGGCUACAUGAGGAAGAAACAACCAAAGCUCCGAGAGCUCUUUCUCACAUACAUGCUGCUGUGACUGAUCUUGUUUUUACAAGAAUCAUGGCAUACGAAAACCCUAAAGAAGCAUGGGAUAAAUUGAGAGAAGAGUACAUGGGGAGCACUACAACGAGGAAUAUGCAGGUUCUUAAUCUAAGGAGGGAAUUUGAGAUGCAAAGAAUGCAGGAAACUGAAAAAGUAAAGGAUUGUGUUGAUAGACUAAUGGAUGUUGUCAACAAAAUCAGGCUUAUAGGAGUGGAGUUGACAAAUCAUAGGGUUGUGGAAAAGGUUUUGGUGAGUCUUCUAGAGAGAUUUGAGUCCGAAAUCUCUUCUUUAGAGGACUCUAAAGACAUGACUCAGAUCACAUUGACUGAGCUUGUCCAUGCUCUCCAAGCUCAAGAGCAAAGAAGGCUCUUAAGGCAAAAAAAUACUAGUGAGGGUGCAUUGGUUACAAGCUUCAAAGGCAAACCUGCAUAG